UGUCUCAGCCACUACGGUUCUCCAUCCUUCAGUAUAUUACUGCCUGUAAACUUGAUCUUUCAUACACCACAAGUGGGCUUCUCUGCCUUCCGAAACAGCAGUUUCUCAAUGAGAAAGUGUAUCUCGGAAACCUGGGGUGGACUUCAACUCUACGGAGGGGGAAGGAGCUAAAACUGAAUGAGUUUCCGGGGCGCUGUAUUUUAAGAAAUCUGUAUGUAGGAAUCCACGCCAGUGCAAUGCGCUCCGCAUCCUCUACAGGCCCACGCCUUUCUUCUCGAUCAGCCUGCGAGGGUUAAGGUGGCUGCGAUCGCUACGGGUGAACCUGCCGGGGGAUGAACGUGAAUGUCAGCCUCGUCUCCACACUCUUGUGCUGCUCGGCGGCGGCGAUCCUCUUGUUGAAAUGGCGGCGGCGGAGAAAAGUCCAGAGAAAAAUAGAAGAGGCGAAACGGCGGCGAGAGCGCGCCCUGGAGCAAAUGGAAAAGGUUGCCGGAAAGUUCAGAGAGCAGAAUCCAAGUCACCAACUAGAACACAUCUUGUCGUUGGCUCUUCCUGAACUCUGUGGGAAGCUCCAAGAUGACCUGCUUUCGCCUGAGAGUGUAUUCUACACCUACGUGGACCGGGCUGUGAAAGUGACUAGAGAUGUCAACUGUGUGACUGAUUAUCUGGAAGAGAGUGAAUCCCAGCUUCUGCAUGUGAAAAGUCAGGGGAAGAAGGGUUUGCUCUAUGGAGUUCCCAUCAGCAUAAAGGACUCCAUUGACUGCAAGGGCUAUGAUUCCACGUUGGGUUUGGUGAAGCGUCUCAACCAGCCAGCAGCGGCAGACGCUGUUGUAGUUCAGGUGUUGAAACAUCAAGGAGCGAUUCCAUUUGUGAAAACCAAUGUUCCUCAGUCUCUGCUAAACUAUGACUGCAGCAACCUUAUCUUUGGCCAGACCGUUCAUCCUCUGGAUCACUCCAAAACUUCAGGUGGUUCUUCAGGAGGGGAAUGUGCUCUUAUUACAAGUGGAGGAUCCAUCCUGGGCCUUGGAACAGAUGUAGGAGGCAGCAUUCGUAUCCCAGCUGCUUUCUGUGGAAUUUGUGGGUUUAAAGCCACAGGCAACAGAAUUAGCAAAAAAGGAAUUAUACCAAGUAUUCGUGGGCAGAAAUCAGUUGCUGCAGGCGUAGGGCCAAUGGCAAGGGAUGUUGACAGCCUAGUUCUUUGCUUAAGAGCUCUCUUGUGCAGUGAGAUGUCCCGGCUGGAUCCCACAGUGCCUCCCCUUCCCUUCAAUGAGCAGGUAUACUCCAGUUGUCAGCCCCUCCGCAUAGGUUACUAUGCCACGGAUUCCUACACUAUGCCAAGCUCUUCUAUGAGACGGGCCGUACUAGAAACCAAGCAGCUUCUGGAGGAGGCUGGCCACACACUGGUACCCUUUAAACCCUGUCGUGUAGACCAUUUCAUGUGUAACAUUUGUCCCAAGGGACUGUGUAGUGAUGGUUGUGCCACCUUUUUAGAAAGCUUCAAAGGGGAGUCUGUGGAUCCUAAUAUGAAGCAAUCUGUGUUCCUAGCAAAAUUGCCUAAUUGGAUACGAAGCCUCCUAUCCUGGAUCAUCAAGCCAAUGAGUCUUCGUAUGUCAACAUUUAUGAGAAACUUGAAAGAGAGUUCUGUGAAAGAGCUUUGGGAACUGCACACUGAAAUUGAGGAAUACAGCCAGGAAUUCAUUGCUGAAUGGAAGAGACUAGAUCUGGAUGUGAUGCUUUGUCCUGCACUGGGUCCUGCUUUUAAGAUUGGCUUUCCUGGGAGAUUGUCAGCUGCAAUCAGUUACACCAUAUUGUAUAAUUUCUUGGACUUCCCUGCUGGAGUGGUGCCUGUCACAUCGGUGACAAAGGAGGAUGAGGAGGACCAGAAGAGUCUCAGAGGGCACUAUAAUGAUAUGUGGGACAAGGUCUUUGUGAAGGCAGUGGAAGGGGCUGUGGGGCUCCCCGUGGCUGUCCAGUGUGUAGCUUUGCCGUGGAAGGAUGAGCUGUGCCUCCGGUUCAUGAAGGAAGUGGAGAAACUGACCCGGAAGAAAGAAAACAAACACUGAAUAUGCUAUUGCAGAAACUGCCACCAUAGGAAGCUUCCACCUGGGUCUGGCAGGCCCAGAAUAAUCAUGGACUGUCUGUACCUGUUUUGAUUAAAUAACAGAAGUGCUUUUG